AUAUUACGUUUUCACAAUUCCCUUUCUACCACCACACCAUCUCAAGCCUUCAACAAUGGGAAGCCUCUCGUUGGCUGCUUCUGAUCUUGAAAGGAGUGGAGCAGUUGGGAGCGGUCCAACAUUGCUAUGUACGCCACUGAUGGGAACCACCAUUGAUCAAAUGCUGAUUGAGAUGCAGAAGGCCAAGACUAUUGGUGCCGAUAUUGUUGAAAUCAGGCUUGACUGCCUUAGAAACUUCAAUCCCCGCCAGGAUCUCCAGACUCUCAUCAAGCAGUCACCACUGCCCACUCUAGUCACUUACAGGCCAAUUUGGGAAGGAGGACAAUACGAAGGUGAUGAAGCCAAGAGACAGGAAGCACUUAAAUUAGCAAUGGAAUUUGGAGCCAACUAUAUUGAUGUUGAACUUGAGGUUGCUCAUGACUUCAUUAAUUCAGUCUAUGCAAAGAAGCCCGAUACCUGCAAAAUCAUAGUUUCUUCCCACAAUUUUCAUAACACUCCAUCUACAGAGGCCAUUGGCAAUCUCGUGGCACGAAUUCAAGCUACCGGAGCUGACAUAGUGAAAAUUGCAACAACAGCUCUAGACAUCACAGAUUGUGCUCGUGUGUUCCAAAUAACUGUACACUCUCAAGUUCCGACAAUAGGAAUUGUUAUGGGGGAGAGGGGGUUGAUUUCACGAUUGCUCAGUCCAAAAUUUGGUGGAUACUUAACCUAUGGUGCAUUGGAGGCAGGUGCAAUCUCAGCCCCAGGACAGCCAACAGCAAAGGACUUGCUAGAUUUGUACAACUUCAGGCUUAUAAGGCCAGAUACCAAGGUGUAUGGCAUAAUAGGAAAGCCUGUUGGGCAUAGCAAGAGUCCUCUGCUCUUCAAUGCAGCAUUCAAAUCUGUUGGCCUCAAUGCAGUUUAUUUGCAUUUCCUUGUGGAUGAUGUGGAGAAGUUCUUCAACACUUACUCUUCCACUGACUUUGCCGGAUGCAGCUGCACAAUUCCACACAAGGAGGCUGCACUAAAAUGUAUGAAUGACAUUGACCCAAUUGCAAAGAAAAUUGGGGCCAUCAAUAACAUUGUUAGGAGACCAGACGGGAAGCUAAUCGCAUUCAAUACCGACUACAUUGGUGCAAUCUCUGCCAUUGAGGAUGGAUUACGAGGAUUGAACGGUGCAAUCCCCUCUGGUAGCUCACCCUUAGCUGGAAAGUUGUUUGUAGUCUUAGGAGCUGGUGGAGCAGGGAAGUCACUUGCCUAUGGUGCUGCACAAAAGGGAGCAAGAGUUGUGGUUGCUAAUCGAACCUUUGAACGAGCAAAGGAGCUCGCUGACAAAGUUGGAGGAAAAGCAAUGACUCUAGCAGAAGUAGAACACUUCCAUCCAGAAGAAGGAAUGGUUCUUGCAAAUACAACAUCGGUUGGAAUGAAGCCAAAAAUUGAUGAUACUCCCCUUCCUAAGCAUGCCUUGAAACAUUAUUGCUUGGCGUUUGAUGCCAUUUACACCCCGAAAGACACUAGACUCCUACGAGAAGCAAAGGAAACUGGAGCUGUAAUUGUUUAUGGCACAGAAAUGUUGAUUCGACAAGGGUUUGAACAAUACAAGAACUUUACUGGUUUGCCUGCACCUGAAGAUUUGUUUAGGCAACUAAUGGAGAAACAUGCAUAAGGGGAGCUGCCUUUCAUAGGAUUAUCAUGAUGAUAUUCUGUUGCUACUGAAAUAAGAAGUUUCUAAAUAUGGCAAAUCUAUUUUAAAAUUUUGUAGCAUGUGUUUUUUUUUUUUUUUUUUGGAACAAUUAUUAUGGGAUCGGAUUGAACCAUUGUCCGAGAAGCAAGCAGGUGAACCUUUACCAAAGUGGCAGAGGCCACUUGGCCCUAUGGGCUAGGUUCUUGUAGCAUGUGUUGAAAUGUUUAAUGUUUACGGAUUUGAAUGAAUAAAUCUACAUCAAAAACUUGUAAACAUUUUAAAUUUUGAAUGAUAUCUAUGGUAGAAAUCAGUAUUUAUACCUAUCUACCCAAUUUUGUGGCUUUUCUUUUUCUUGUUGAUAUAAAUAUGUCAACAUUUG